AAGUUCAGGGAACUCCAAGAGAGAGUGACCUGCCUCACGGCGGCAUAUCACCAAGAAAUCAAUAGGAACGAUAUCCGACCCGAUCAGAAACGUAGCCUGGAUGAUUGGUAUGAGGAAAAGUUCGUGCCCAUCGACAAAUCGACAAAGAAAAUUAAAAAGUGGAUCGAGAGCCAACGGGAAAAUUCGAUACGACCUAGUGAUAGUGUAUCUGUUUGUAGUAGCCACAGCUCUAGGCUCUCAAAAUCCUCAAGGACGUCAUCCGCUGCCCGCAUCAAAUUAGCGAGGGAAAAAGCCGAGUUAGAAGCUCGCAAAGAAAUGAACGAGAAGCUUGAGAUCGUGCGUAAACAGAAGCGUCAAGCUCAAUAUGCGCGGGAAGAUCAAGACCGCCUUCUUCAACAAGAAAAGGAGAAUGCCGAAAUUCAAGCUAAACGAAACGCCUUGGAGGAAGAUGCAGUCUUCAGGGUCAAAGAAGAAGAAAUUCGCUUGGCCAUGGACGCCAAAAAGGUCGUUGAUUUCGAGAAGUGCUUGACCGAAAUAGAGGGCAUCAAGCCUUCCGAGUUGAGACCAGAAGUAAAGGAAGACAUCGCACCUAGUCGCAGUGGAAUAUCGGACCAUGCUCCAUUCGUCGUGACCUCUCCUAAACCAGAGGAGGUUAACAUGAUCCGUCAAAUCGACCUUUUGGCGGAGAUAGCAGAGAGAUCUCACUUGCCGAAGUCGGAACCAAAGAUGUUCGAUGGGUCGGAUCCAACCGUGUACAAGGCUUUCGUACAAUCUUUCGAUCAACUAAUUGCCAACAAGACCAGAUCAGAAGCGGAUAAACUUCAUUACUUGGAAAAAUACACGCGAGCACUCCCGCAGCGGUUGGUCCAGAGUUGUUUUAACUUGAACUCAGAGCUUGGAUACAGGGAAGCUCGUGAGUUACUGAAUCAGAAGUAUGGCAACGAAUUCGUGAUUGCAAAUGCCUUCCUUCGGAAAUUGAGCAAUUGGCCACCCAUCAAGAACGACGAUAGAGAUGCUCUGGAGGAGUUUAAUGUUUUCCUCCUUUCGUGUCGUAACUUUAUGAAAGAUGGAAAUGCACUCGUCCAGCUCAAUGGGCCCUCUCAAAUUCAAGAACUGGUUUUGAAGUUACCAUAUCACUUGAGGUUGGCGUGGAGGAAUCAAGCCUUUAGCUUAUUGGAGCAAGGACGCCCCGUCACCUUUCUGGAUCUGUCGGCGUUUGUAUCGCAACAAUCUCGGUUGAUGUCAUUGCCCAUCUUUGGAGAAGUGGUUGAUAAGCCACAAGGAAAGGACAGGAAAGCCGUACUUGGAUCGUCCGAGAUGAAGAAAUCUGUGUCAAUGGCUACAGAUGUAAGGGAGGAUAAUCUCAAAGGAGACCAACUUUGUCUAGCCUGCAAGAAGGCCAACCAUUCUUUGGAGACCUGUUUUUUCUUCGCAAAGCGAUCAGAUGAAGAAAAAUCGAAGUUCAUACAAGAAAGAGAAUUGUGUUUUGGCUGUCUGACUGUAGGUCACAUUGGUCGAAACUGCAAGAAACGUUUGCAGUGCAAAAAGUGCCAAAAGAGACAUCCAACGUGCCUACACAAAUCGGAUAGUCCUAAAGAAUAUGGAUGGUUUCGCGGUAGCAAGUCGGUGGAGCUUAAGGAUUUGGAGUCCACUUCCGCAUGUUGUUUGGAGGAGCCGGGUCACUAUGCAAGGGCCGGUCAGCCAAAUCGGGUCGCCAUGGCUUUGAUUCCAGUCAAAGUCAGAGUUCAAGGUGGACUCAAAGAAAUCAUCACAUAUGCUGGCCUCGAUAAUUUCUCUAGCGACUGUUUUGUCACGGAUGAGAUAGUAGAAAAAUUAGGCCUAGUAGGCCCAAGAACCAAGAUCAGCUUAACCACAAUGAACGAAACGAGAAGAGCCAUUUCAACACGUGCCAUUAAUGGUCUGGAAGUCUCCGAUAUCGACGGAAAUGAGAAGGUAUUUCUCCCUGUGUCGUUCUCAAAGGACAAACUGCCUGUGUCAAAACGCGACGUUAUUACUCCUGAAGAGUGUGGAAGAUAUCCUCACCUCUCUGACAUACCCUUUGUGUUUAUCGACGCCAACGUUGGCCUACUUUUAGGAGCCAACUCUCCGGAAGCCCUUAAGCCGUUAGAGAUCGUGAGUGGACCUGUGGGGACGCCAUAUGCUUCCAAGCAUAAACUUGGAUGGGCCCUGAAUGGCCCAAUUGGUACUCGGAGGAUGUCUGGAAGGCAAGUGAAAGUCAAUUCAGUUCAAGCAGACUAUCAAGGCAUCGAUAAAGAAUUACGCCAAAUGUAUAGCAAUGACUUCCGUGACAUCGGUGAGGAUGAGUUGGGACCUUCGGCCGAAGAUAAAGUAUGGUUGAAGAAGGUGGAAAAUUCGAUUCAUAAAGAGGGUGGACAUUAUUGUAUAAGCCUUCCAUUCCGCCAUGAUCGAAUGAAUUUUGCCGACAAUCGAUCCCAAGCUCUUCGCCAAUUGCAUGGGUUAAAGAAAAGGAUAUUCAGAGAUGCGAAGUUUCACACCGAUUAUGCCGAAUUCAUGUCGAUGAUGAUCGCCAAUGAUUUCGCAGAGGAGGCUUGAUGCCAAGAAGCCUCCACUUCUGGAAGAGGAUACAACUCAUAAAACAUUUGUCAGGUGGCGCCCUUUAUGGAAUAAUUAUGUCCAACUAACUUACCU